AUGAGGCGGCUGUCGCAAACUUGGAAGCAGAGAAGAACGUCAGAACGAAAUCAACACCCUCUGAAACAAAGGGAACCUAACGGAAAUGAAAUCAACAACGUUAAAGACAAUAACGACAACUGUAAUAAGGUAAGGACGGCUUAUUUCUUUGCUCUAAGUGUGGAUCAAAUUACUGUAUGAGUAAGAACGUGGAGUCACUUGCACCGUGUAGGUGUAAUCUUUUAUUUGUGUUGCUUUUCACAUUUCCAGCAUUUGGAGUUUUUGAGCAGAUUAUCCUGAAAGACAUCAAGUAGAUCCGCCAUGCAUGUGAGAUUAAUCAUUAAACGAAUUGUUUUCAGAUAUUUUUGUACCAACCCUCUUGACACAAUUCUUGUAGUAACCGCUGAUAUUCAGCUCUAAUGGAAAUCAUCUAAAUUGUGGAAGCCUUUAAAGAGGGAGUGAAAAAAAGGUGAUCUAUGCCUGUUCCUUCUCGAUGUUGUCAGAAAGAAGUUGUACUAACAAGUAUAAAUGUUUCACUAUUUUAGGUUGAUAGGUAUGUGGCUUCAGCCCUAUCACCAUGUGCUUCCUUGAACAUGUCAUUUGGAUUUGAAUUUGAUGCUGCAGAUUUAUCACAAUUUGAUAAAAUUGUUGAGCAACAUAUCCGAUGUAGCCCUGUUCCUCGGUCUCCCUUCACAAUCCCUUCUAAAGAUACUGUGCAAGGAAAGGUUACAUCACAAGGGACUAUGCACUUCUCCACUCCUCAGCUGGGAAGUGGCAAAAGAAAUGAAUCUGAUGGGAAAUGGUUUGGACCUACCAGGGAGAGAAUCUCUACACCAAUCGAAGACUUGGAGCAUAUGCCACGAUUUUCUUUUGCUCAUUCACCUGUGUUUUCACCUGUCAGAGGUUCUUUUGAUGAUUUUGUAAACUGCAAUGCAUCUCAAGGAAGAAAAAUAAGGUUUGAUUAUGUUUACAGUACAGAGUACUGUAUACAACCCUUUUUUCAGUACAAAUAAAAAAAGAUAGGAAAAAAACUCACUUUAAGAAAGUGAGUAUGUGGGUUAAUAAUUCUGUCAUACAAGUGUUACUAUGGACUAGGAUUUACUUUUGAAAUCUUAGACUGGCCACCAUUCUUGAAAGUGAAGCUGUUUGUUUGUCUGUUGGGUUAUUUACUUCAGCCAUGUCUCAAUGGGCCACUCAGAGUCUCACAGUAGGAGCAUCAUGGACCUUGAUGUGAGUGCCUCUGCAAAUCCCUUGGAGCUUUCUUCCUGGGGUCUUCCUCAAGAGAUACUGAGGAGGUACAAAGAGCUUGGAAUCACUCAUAUGUUUGAAUGGCAGUCAGCAUGUCUUCGCACAGGAAAGGUACUCACAGGAGGUAAGUUGGUACAACUGUAAUGACUUCUUCUCCCUAUGACUGACCUGUUACACAACAAAAAAUCACGUUUCAUCAUUAUGCUCAUAUUUUUUUGAAGGAAACUUGGUGUACUCAGCUCCGACAAGUGCUGGGAAGACAAUGGUUGCAGAGCUGCUGGUUUUAAAAAGAGUUCUUGAGACAAAAAGGAAGGCUCUUUUCAUUCUCCCAUUUAUUAGUGUGGCACGUGAAAAAAUGUUUUACCUCCAAGUAAGUUUUCUCAAGUUGUCACCUGUUUAAUCAUUACCUAACAAUUAUUCUCUUGCAACAAGUUACAACUACGUUAUCCUUGACCAAUGGGAUGACACGCAUUUCUGUUAUUAUAUGAAGAACCGACAAGAACUGACAUAAAGCACUAAAGAUGACAGUGACAAGACAGAAAAAAUACUCCUCUCGUAAACAGUUUUGAAACGUGACUUUUCACUACCAGUUUCCGAACUUGAAACAUGUUUUCUCCAUUUCCUUUGUACUUGUUAAGCUUAUGUCAUUGUAAGGUCAAACAUAUUUUUUCUGUCAGCGUUUAUACCAGGAGUCAGGGGUUCGUGUGGAGGGGUACAUGGGAAACCACGCCCCAGCUAGAGGCUUUGUCUCAGUAGACAUUGCGGUAUGCACGAUAGAGAAGGCAAACAGUCUGUUAAACCGCUUGCUGGAGGAAAAUAAAGCUCUUUCAUCUCUCGGUAUUGUUGUUAUUGAUGAGAUGCAUAUGAUCGGCGACCCUCAUAGAGGAUAUUUACUGGAACUGUGCUUGACUAAAAUACGUUACAUCUCUGGAUGCAGAGGACAAAAUGGAGUCAAUGAUGAAAAGAGUAAGUGAUGAUUACUUGGCAUUCAUCUUUUCUCCACCUGUCAUAUUUCACACGUUUGAGCCAUAAUCAUGAUAAUGACGUCAUCCAUCUCUCUCAAAAUUUUCAGGAGGCGAGGAAACGUUGCCACCAAUACAAAUAGUCGGUAUGAGUGCGACUUUACCCAAUUUAGACAUGCUCGCCAAGUGGCUAUCCGCUGACCUGUACUUCACAGACCACAGACCAGUUCCCCUAACAGAAAUGGUGAAAGUAGGCCCCACACUCUAUAACGCAAGCUUGACAAAGAUCCGAGAAAUCAGUGGGGUUACGGUCAGCGGAGAUGAGGAUCACGUGAUACCACUGUGUAAAGAGACUAUCACGGAAGGUCACUCGGUCUUAAUAUUUUGCCCGACAAAGAACUGGUGUGAAAAACUGGCCGAGAAUAUCGCUAAGCAUUUUGCGGAGAUCGGAAAUUUGGCUCUGAAAGAACAAAAUAGCAAUACCGUCCAAAGUAGUGGGUUUGUCAAAGCUUCAACGCUUUUAAAAUUUGAUUACACUGCACUAAAGGAGGUUGUAGAGCAGCUGAGACGCACACAAGUAGGGCUGGACUCGGUGCUCUCUCGUAUAGUGCCUCAUGCAGUAGCAUUUCAUCAUGCAGGGCUCACAUUUGACGAGAGGGACAUUAUUGAGGGGGCCUUUAGGCAGGGUUCCAUUCGCGUACUCGUGGCCACGUCCACAUUGUCUUCAGGUAGGUCGAAGUUUAAAGGGGGCGAGUUCAUAGAGAAACUGUGGUAUUGCGUUGGUAGGGCGUGGGGGAAGGUAUUGCAAGACAAUAUGGUUUUAAAAACGGGUUGAUAACGCGAAAUUCCCACCGUAGAGAGAUUCCGAAGCUGAUGGUUCGAGCGUUGCGCUCUGACGAAGGGCUAACGCUCGAAAUGUCAGCUUUAGAAUCUCGCUCGAUGGCCAAUUCACAUUAUCAACUUAUUUGAUAAAACCAAAAUAUUUAAGUUGAAGUAUGUUUGUUGUCGCACAAAGAGUAUUUUUUUGCACAAAUUGUCAAGAUUUUUGCAUUCUGACGCAAUUUUUCAUUUAGAAAUUAUCAACAAUUUUAGUCAAUAAGUGGUGCAAGAUGUCUUGCGGAGUAGGCUGUGCUACAUAUUGUUAGAUGAGUGACAAAUCUAAUGUAUGACUCUGCUAUUUCAAAGGUCUGCUAAACAGGUUUUUAAUAUGUAAUAAUUACUAGGCGUGAAUCUUCCUGCCCGUCGUGUAAUCAUUCGUACCCCAAUGUUUCAUGGGAAGUUGGUGGAUGCACUGGUCUACAAACAGAUGGCUGGCCGCGCAGGUCGCAAAGGGGUCGAUGCCUUGGGCGAGAGUAUUCUGAUUUGUAAACCCAGUGAACGACAAAAAGGUUCUUCGCUUCUGAACUCUCGACUGAAAGCUGUGGAGAGCUGCUUGCUUGGUAUGUACACUAUUUGAUAAUUCUUUCUAACUCUGUUGAGUAAAAACUCUUCUUAACAGAGUUUUUUCUGCACGAGUGUCUAUACAUCUUAUUCAGAUCAACUACUUGUUCCAGAAUACUCUACCGGAGUUUGUAAAGGCUCUUGAGAUUCGUUUCUCCCAUAGAGUGAACGCGAUGAGUUUGCAGGUUCUAUGAAAAGAACUUGGUAAAUGUCUCGCUGCGGAGAGGGAAGAAUGUUUUUAAGCCCAUAUAGAUUCUAAUGUCAGGUUGCAGUUCACCUGCGAGGAUCAUGGCUUCAUCUAAUUUUCAAUCCGAAAGUCAAAGGAAAUUUGAAAGUUAACUGAAAGUUGAGUUAAAUUAAAGUUAGGUUUGUCGUGCUCUUUGCUGAAGCGUUAAGUAGCCCUUGGAGCAACCAGUUGUCGCGUUGAAUACUGUACAUCAAUUCUCCGUAAACUCGAGUUUUCUUCAUGAUUAGGUUUUUCAUUUUCUUUCAGGUCAAGGAGACAAUAGUGGAAUGAAACGUGCGCUACUUGAGGUCAUCGCUAGUGGAGUGGCUACAAGGCCUUCGGAUGUAGAACGUUACGCGGCCUGUACAUUCUUUGCCUCAGUUUCCUCGCAACAAGAAGUAAACGAUACAGACACAAUUAUCAAGAACACCGUGAAGUUUUUGGUAGAAAACGAAUUUGUUCGUUUGCAAAGAUGUGACGAUAAGAAGACAAAUGAAAACAAAGAGAACGACAUUGGGGCAGAGGAAGUAAGUUGGAAGAGAAAUAUUGUAAAUAAAGACUUUUCUACUCGACCUUAUUUUAAAGUAAAUUUCUCCUUGAAUAACUAGAAAAUGUCUCUUCAUAAAAACAGGUUGGAUCUUAACUAGCUGGUACAGACAAACGUGAGAGAAUUUUAAGAGUUCCACUGAUAUCAGAUUUUCGUAUUCUAGAUACAGACAGACGGAUUGAAAUACGUACCAACUCAACUUGGCGUGGCUACAUUAUCUUCUGCUCUCUCUCCUGACGAGGCACUUGUUGUAUUUGCUGAAGUACAGAAAGCACGAAAGUGUUUUGUGCUCGAAAGUGAACUUCACGUGAUAUACCAGGCGAGUAACAACUGAAGACUUGAUUACAUGGGCGUUUGUAUCAGCAGUCUCUCGAUCGACCAAUUUCUCAUGACUAAAGCACUAAAUUUUUUAUGAGCAUUCUGGUUAGUUGGCGCUUGAGUACACUGCUAAAUCACCACAAACAUUUCCUGAUUUAAUUCCUUCCCCCUCGCUUUCCAUCCGAAUCAUUCUGUAUGUUUCCUCUUUGAAGAUCUAUCUAUUUCUUAAGGUUGGCAGAUUUCAAUGUAAAACGUACAUGUUACUUGCUGGGAUCUUACGACCUUAAAGUGCGACCUUAGGUGUUUAACUUAAUCCUUUCAGUUGUCAUGCUAGGCAAUACAGAAAUGCCUGACAAUUAUGUCCCAAUAUAUGUCCGUCAUAAUGGUCCAGUGUUGGUCACUAUAAUGCGUCAACACUUGUUGAUUUACAAUACGUUUUGAUGACAGGUGACUCCAAUCUACAUACAAGAUCAGUGGCCCAGCAUAGACUGGUACCAGUACCUAAGAAUCUUUGAGCGCCUUCCUGCGAGCGUGCGCCGCGUGGCAGAGCUGGUGGGAAUUGAGGAAGGUUUCCUUGCCUGUGCCGUGCGCGGCCGUACUCCAACACGUACGGAGCAGCAGCAGCGAUCUCUCGCCGUGCAUCGUAGAUUCUUUGCUUCAUUGGCACUUCAAGACCUCGUACAUGAGGUACCCCUCAAUGCUGUUGCCAGGCGGUAUGGAGCAAAUCGAGGCAUGCUGCAGUCAUUGCAAGGUUCUGCCGCAACGUUCGCGGGAAUGGUUACAGUGUUUUGCGAGAAGCUCGGCUGGACUAACAUUGCGCUUCUUUUGUCUCAAUUCCAAAGCCGUCUGUCUUUUGGUGUUGAAAGAGAGCUCUGCGACUUGGUUCGAAUAUCCCUCUUAAAUGCUGCGCGUGCACGUAUGUUGUAUAACGCUGGCUACCAUACUGUCGCUUCCGUUGCAACAGCCCCUCCAUCAGAAAUUGAGAACAUAUUACAUAAUGCUGCGCCAUUCGUCAGUAGCCGUAGGCGAGGGGAGGAGACUGAAACCGAGGUACGCGAGCGUAGUGAGGCGCGCGUGUUUUGGGUUGCAGGAAGACGAGGGCUCACUGAAGGAGCGGCAGCAAAGCUCAUCGUAAGUGAAGCCCAAAAGCUGUUGCAAUCUGAUGUGGCACAACUUGGAAUUCAUUGGAAGCCUCCUGAGGCUACAGAUAAUCUUGGCGAACGUGUCUAUCAGGGGGAAGUAAAUGUCUCUGGGUCGAAAGAAGUUUGUCCGAAGUUUGCAGGGGUGAAAUCGGGAAGUGUCGCACAGAGUAAAUCUCUUACCAAAAAAUUAGACUCGACAAGACCAGUUAUAGAACAAAUUCCAAAGACUAAUGAUGCUGUUCUUCGUGUUAAUUCAAGCGAUAGACCUCAACAACGUGCUUACGACGAGACAGUGGAAAGUAGUCAGGUCAGGUUGAAUUUUCAGGAAAGUGGACCAAGGUCAAGAAAAGAUGAAGUACCUAAUAAAGUGUUCGUAGAUUUUUUAAAGCCAGCACGUUUCGUUAAUAUAGGACCCUUAAAGAUCCAUGGAAAAGGCCGCAUUGACUCAGAAAAGACCGAAAAUACUAGCUCUCUUGUUCAUGCGUGUUCAGAAGUGUUAGCCUCCUCAAAGGAUCCUGAACCUGUUGUGGCUGUCUCUUGCACUUCCACCUCCAAGACUCCUUUAUGGGGCGGUGGAACAGUUCUUCCUCGUCUUAGGAGCAAACGCCGUUCACCGAUUCCUGAAAUUCCUGAGCCACAAGAAAAGUUACAGAAAAAAGAAACAACAGUUACGAAGAUUCCAAAAGUCAUUUUAACGGAAGGGAUUCACGCAGAACAGUCAAGAAAAGGCUUCUCUGGUUUGGAAGUUUCCGGUGAUUGUAAGGUUUGCAGUGACGAUAAGUCGGUUUCAUUAGAGCUGUACUCUGAGCCAUUAGAGGGAGAAGAACCGGCCGUAAAACAGAACCCCGGCAAUGCUCCUAACAGUGACACUGAUAUUGUGUCAGAUUCUCAGGCUUUAACAUGUAGUUUGAGUGACACCUGUCUUAUGGAGUGUGACGCCAUGGUUGAAGAAAGAUCUGUAAAGUCAUACCCACUUGACAUGAAGUUGUCACAAGAUUUAAUUCCUGCGAAGAGAGAAUGUGAAGUUGUUUGUGAUGAGAUUUCCAAUGCUCUGAUAGAUCAGACCGACAGUCUGGCUGAGCUUAAGAGUCAAGAUGUUAUUGGUGAAUAUGACAUCCCAUUGCGUCAUUCGUUAUCGGGAGAAUUUGAUGCCGAACGAAGCCCGGAGAUGUUGUCAUCAUUAGCUUCUCGAGCUCUUAAGUCACCCGAAUGCUCAGUAGCAGAUGCUAGAAGUUCAACUGGCGCCGCAAGUUCAUUUUCACUUCGUCUGUCGGCCAGUGACGGUUGCCUGGAUUCUGAUCUGUCCACUUUGGCUAUUGCAGAGUUAAUGGCGAAAGAAGCUGAGGAGAAAGAACUUCGGAAACAUGCGGAAACCUGCGCCUUGCAGCACUUGCCUCAGGUACAACAGAAUGGGUCUUAUUUUACUAAAAUCAAGAAUCCUGAAUGUACUGAUUCAUCCUUCGGUGGCGAUCAAAAGUCGCCUGCUAAGAAGAUUUCACCGUAUGAACUGUUAGCUGCUGGUGAAACUGAAGGAAAUGAGACAGCAGAUUACGAAGUCAUUCCUUCUACACCUCCAAGGGAGCAAAUGCCAUCCCAGGAUAAUUUUAAAACAAAAACCUCUGCAACUCCAUUGUCAACACGAAAGCGUCCAUCCCCACGAAGAACACCGUAUUCCUCUACCCCAGAUGAAGGACUUGUUAUUAUUGACGUCACGGGACAUGAGCAAGUGUUUGCUAUGUUUCUGAAAGAAUGGCGCAGUCAAACUCGUUUUUCGUUGGCUGUGGCUUGUGAACGCUCCUUAGAUAAAAAUCCUAAGAUAGGAGCACGAUUCAGCAACGCCCAAACGUCAAGAGGCCUUAUAAUUGAAGGAGAGGACAAGAGCGUGGUCGGAAUCGCAGUGAGCUGGGGCGAUAAAGAUGCUUAUUACAUUUCAUUUCUGGAACAUGCUCAGUCGUCGCGCAAUCGAGUGGAUGACAGUCAGGCCGAGUCAGCGGUGGAUUAUAACCUCACGCUUUCUCGUCGUGUAAAUGAAGUAAAGAGUACCAUUAAGUUACUGACAGAAAGAGGAAGCAGCAUGGUAUGCUUCAAUGUCAAGGAACACUUUAAGGUGAGAAUGGAUAUUUAGUGUAAGAAUACUAGUUUUACAGUGACUACUGUAUUGCCUCUUCAGUUGAUGGAUCGUUUUGCUGCAGAUAUUUGCUCAGUCUACUGGCAUCUCUCUCAGUGGACCAGCAGACGAUCCAAAGGUGGCGAGUUGGCUUUUGGAUCCUGGAGCCAAGGAAAAGAACCUUCACCAGCUUGUGGGACAGCACUUACCGGAAGAAGCUUCCUUACUCGAAGGUUAUAUUACGUUUCUUUUCGCUUCCAGCCCUGCAUAGUCUCCUUUACCGCCGUUAUUUGCUCUUGUCCAACAGUACGCUCUCUCCACUACAUUUGUUGCGUGAUGAGACCAAGUAACGGCUGCGAAGGAGACUAAUAUCCACAAGAAAAUGAAAAACUUCGUGAGAUCAAGAAUUCAAGGUUUUUUUUAGUACAUUUUGAGUCUUCCAAUACCAUUCUAACUUGAUGCGAAAGAGGGCAUUUCUUCGCUAAUUUGUUGACCACAUAUGACUACACGGGAAUAAUUUUACUUUCAGGUACCGGAGGUGGACUGGGUACAGGAGGUCUGGCUUUAGCAUAUCAAUGUCGGCAGAGCGGUAGAGUGAGAGCCUGCGUCGAGACUGUUUUAGUUCUUUCAUUGAUGGCAAAGCUGAGAACCUUACUGGAGUCUGAAGACCUCGUGCAGGCUUUCACCAAGGUUUGCUUUACUGAAACUACUUGAAAUUUUAAAAUUAACUUCGGAAUUCUAAGCCUUCGCUUGUGAGCUUGACAUUCACUUCGGGAGAAGCUAUGAGGUUGAUUGCAAAGAUGAGGAGAAUACCAUCUCGUAACAUGCAAAGUAGGCGGCGCUUAAAGAGGCCCGAAGCUGUGCGCGCUUUUUUGGCUGACUUGGACUAUCACAGAAGUGCAGAAAAUCCGCGUGUAAUGUCAACACAUAGGUAGAGUGAAGAUAGAGUAUAUACAUACAUACAUAUAUAUAUAUAUAUAUAUAUAUAUUAUAUAUACAUAAAUACAUACAUACAUACAUACAUUUCCCGACAUAUAUACAUACUAUUUACAUAAUAUAUAUAUAUUACAUACUAUAUGUAUAUAUAUAAGCGAUUAUAUAUAUAAUACAUAUAUAUAUAUAUAUAUAUAAUAUAUAUAUAUCCUAUUUAUAUAUAUAUAUACUAUAUAUAUAUAUUCUGCUCUAUAUUCAACGUAUUGAGCAUAUGUUCCAUAUAUACAAAAUAUAUACUAUACAUAGACUUCCUAUAUAAAUAUAUAUAUAUAUAUAUAUUAGUGAAAGAAUCAAAGAGGACGCAUCGAUUCUCUGUUACUCUGAGUUUCGCGCCUAAACGUUGGUCAGACAGAACUAGAAAGUUCUGUUCCUCUUUGAUUCUUUCACUUAUAUAUACUCAGCUCUGCUACCACAGCAUUGAGCACUUUAUGCCAAGGUAGAAGUGUUAUUUUUUAUGUAUUUUUAGAUAAAUUUAUUCAUAUUAUAGUCUAUUAAUGUUAUUUAUGUUAUAUUAAUAUUGUGGUAACACGACCCCACAAGCCUCUGGCUUUAAAUAUUUAUCGUGUUAAAAUAAAGUUUUAUCUAUCUAUCUAUCUACAUCACAAGUUCUCCUCCUUCAAGUUUUAACAUUCCCCGCUCAAUUUGGGAGAAAUUUUAUCCUAUGGGAAACGUUUGAUGUGAAAUGUUUUAACCAUCGUAGGUAGAGAUGCCAUCCGUAUUGUGUUUGGCGCGUAUGGAGUUAAAUGGUUUGGGAUUCUCUGAUACCGAAAGUGAACAUCUGAAGAACAUUCUACAAGCCAAGCUUCGUACUCUGGAGGAAGAAGCCUACCGACUGGCCAAUCACAGCUUCUCACUGACCAGUCGUGAAGAUGUAGCGCAGGUGUGACACAUGUAAAUCAUCUUUUUAAAUGAAAUGAAUUUAGGUAUCUUAAAGUUUGGUUGAUCAAUUUGAUAAUGGCGUUAAUGACUUCUUAUAGUCUCUCGUCUCCCCUAAGUGCAUCGAGAAGAUAGCUUAGGUGACUUAUGGAUCCUUAUUCUCCUUCGUUCAACUUUUUAAACCAUAUUUUUACACAGGGAAAAAUUAGUUUGCUUUGAUCAUGCUCUAAUGCCCAAUUUGUUAAGCAAUUUAUUCUAGAUUGCAUUCCACCUGACUAUUGCAGAAUUCGUCUUGUAAAGUAAAUUUGUCGGAAUUAUCUUGGCUAAAUUGUUUUACUAUGUAGUGUUUGGCAGUCCAGUAAUAAUUCUCUGCACUGAAAAAACCGUUUUUCGCACAUCCCUUCCCUUUCCUCCCAUUUAGGUCCUUUUUGUGGAGCUCAAGCUUCCUCAUGACGGAAACUCUGAAGAUGGCCAGGUCACCAAGCGUAAGACUUUGGGAGUGACCCGACGUGGAAGGUCACGUGGUAGCAAACAUCUUAGCACUAAUAAAGACGUGUUAGAAAGACUCAAACCACUGCAUCCGCUACCAGGACUUAUCACAGAAUGGCGCAGGAUAAACGCGGCCCUAACAAAGGUUAUUUUUCCAUUACAAAAGGAGAAAUGCUUGCAUACGAGGCUUAAAAUGUCACGAAUUUACUCAAUUAGUCAAACACAUACUGCAACUGGGCGAGUUUCUUUUGUGGAACCAAAUUUGCAAAAUGUUCCAAAAGAUUUUGAUGUCGUACUGCCGACAUCCAUUGCCGAGAGUCCUCCUCCUGGAGCCGGGGACCAAAGGAAUUCUUCCCAUCGAGGCAAAAGAGGAGUGAGUCGACACAAUGCGAUGAAUGUUAAGCUUGGGACCGAAUUAACUACUCCUAAGUUCUCAGUGAGCAUGCGAAAUGCCUUUAUACCCUUUGAAAGUGGCCUUCUUUUUGCCGCUGACUAUUCUCAGCUGGAGCUGAGGCUCAUAGCUCAUCUCGCUAAGGACAGUCGACUCAUCAAAAUUCUAAAUGGAGGAGGAGACGUGUUCAGAAUGAUUGCGAGUGAACUUUAUCAAGUUCCAGCGGAAUCUAUCAAAGAUGAACAGCGGCAACACGCCAAACAGGUAUGUUAUGGCAUCAUUUAUGGCAUCGGCGCCAAAGCCCUCGGAGAACAGCUUGGUUUUACUGACGAAGAAGCUGCUUUGUUCAUCGACAAGUUCACUUCUCGUUACAUUGGAGUGAAAAAGUAUUUGAAAGAUACGGUAGAGCAGUGCAAAAAGCAAGGCUUUGUGAAAACAGUAACAGGAAGGAAACGGUUUCUUUCGGCGAUAAACUCACCAAACGUGCAUGCGCAGAGCCAAGCAGCUAGACAAGCUGUAAACACCACGGUACAAGGUUCAGCAUCAGACUUGGUGAAGAUAGCCAUGAUCAAUAUUGAUAAGAAGUUGACCGAGGAAUUUCCGUCAUGUGUCAUGACGCACAGACACUCCCUUCCGGAUUUUCAUCCUAGAAAAAACCAGGGAAGGCGUUCAAGGUGUGAUUUGCCAACACCUAUUGGUGGAUAUUUUGUUUUGCAACUUCACGAUGAACUGAUAUUUGAGGUGUCACAGAGUGAUUUAAGAAAAGUGGCACAAAUUGUUAAAACAGAAAUGGAGAGCGCUAUGAGGCUUUCUGUUAUUCUGCCUGUUAAGAUGAAGGCGGGUCCUUCUUGGGGAAACAUGGCGGAGUUUGAAUUGUAACUUGUAAAAAUUUCACAACGUCAUAAGAGUUCAAAAUGAGAAUUGUGACACCAAAUUUUUGUAAGUUGCAAACAUAUUUGUUUUCCAGUAAUUGAGCGAAAUAUGAAUUUAUUUUACCCCUGAUGGGGCGGACAGAUGAAAAUAGAUUAAGAAUUUUAACGAGCUUAUUUCCACGUUGACUGAAACAGAAAGUCGCACAAAGACUCGUUGGACAGGUAAUUUUCCUUGAAACUCAGUGUAUUACGCUCUUUAAGGAUUUCUUUGCUUUCGCGCAAAUUGUGUGAUGAAUUCAUUACACACGGUGAAAUAUUUAGCCGAAACAUCAAC